AUGGGAAGAUUUGUAGUAGGAAUCUUGAUUUUGGGUUUUCAACAAAUUCGGACGCUUAUAUCGUUGGUCGAGAUGCACAAACGUGGACCUAUGAAAAAGAAGAAAAAGAAGAGCCCACUUAAUGGGAAUCCGUUUGCGAAAGGCGUCGUGAUAAAGACUCUUAUAAGAAAACCAAAGAAACCGAAUUCAGCGAACAGAAAGUGCGUACUAGUGAGAUUGUCGAAUGGGAAAGAGAUGACAGCUUAUAUUCCAGGCAUUGGACAUAAUUUACAAGAGCACAAUGUUGUUCUCUGUAGAGUUGGCAGAUGCAAGGACGUUCCUGGUAUCAAAAUUAAGUGCGUCCGGGGUAAAUACGAUUUGGCACAUGUUAUGAAGCGUAAAUAAAGCUAACUCGUUUUCCGUAAAAGUGCACUUGUAGAUGUGGAUAAUAUAUAAUUAAAUUGUACAAAAUAUUAUAUAAUAAACGAUAGUUAAUAAUAAG